AUGGGUCUUGGUAACGAUGAAGAGGACGAUAAUAAUAACAAUACCAAUAGUAAUAAAGUUGUGGAUGACGAAGGAGAUGGUGAUGGAAAGUCUUUCGUCUCAGUUCCUUGUUCUAUUUGUCUUGAACUUGUUGCCGAUAAUGGGGAUAGAUCCUGGGCUAAGCUUCAAUGUGGUCAUCAAUUUCAUCUCGAUUGCAUUGGUUCGGCAUUCAACAUAAAAGGAGCAAUGCAGUGCCCUAAUUGUCGGAAGAUUGAGAAAGGUCAAUGGCUUUAUGCUAAUGGUAGCCGGUCAUAUCCAGAAUUUAGCAUGGAUGAGUGGACACAUGAUGAGGACCUUUAUGAUCUUGGCUACUCUGAGAUGUCUUUUGGAGUUCAUUGGUGCCCUUUUGGCAACCUGACAAGACUUCCAUCAUCUUUCGAGGAAGCAGAGUUUUCAUCAUCUGCAUAUCAUGAUGUAUUGGGACAACAUGCUAUAUUUGCUGAACAUACAGCUGUGUCAUCUGCCAGUCAUCCUUGCCCUUAUAUUGCUUACUUUGGACCAAUACAUCCAUCUUCCUCGAAUUCCGGUGGAACUGUAUCCGAAGCUUCAAACUUCAACCAUUGGAAUGGUUCAUCUGUGCCGAGUGACAUACCAAAUUCAUACUCAUUUCCUGCUGUAGAUCUUCAUUAUCACAGUUGGGAACACCACUCCUCUCCUUUCUCUACAGCAAGUACUCGUCUAGUUGCUUCUGAUCAGCCAUCAGUAUCCCCUGGUAGUCAAAGGCCAGUCAGGGGUGGUUCAGAUAUACCAAGAUCAGGAUCUUUUAUGCAUCCGUUCAUUGUUGGUCACAGUUCUGCUGCCAGAGCGGGGAGCUCAGUUGCUUCCUCAAUGAUCCCUCCUUAUCCUGGUAGCAAUGCUCGGGCUCGGGACAGAGUUCAGGCUCUUCAGGCAUACUAUCAACCACAACAACCGCCUAAUUCAACCACAAUGCGAACACCUAUCACUACUGGCUCCAGACGGUCCAGCAGUCACAGUGGAUCAGCUCAGUUAGCACCAAUAGCCACAUCGCCAGACCAGAGUGGUGGUUUUUUUCUUAUCCCAUCAAGUUCAUCAGGACGCAAUUUUCAAGAAGAAAACCAUCUACCAAAUCACUUCCAUGCUUGGGAAAGAGACCACUUGCCUUCGUUGUCAUUGAGCCAUGUUGAAAGAGAUGCAGGUUGGAGAGCGUACCACCAAUCCAGCAGCAGGUCAGACCCCGGUACCAGGUCUAGUAGCUUCCGUUUAAGGCACGGAUCAGAUAGAAUGCCUUCACAAAAUCGGUAA